GCGGGGAAAGGAGGGCUCUCGGUGAGCAACGUGCCGCUGACGUAGCGUGACGCGCCGCUCCCUCCGCAAGGCGCGGGGAAGAAGUGGGUGGGGCGCCGCUAGCGUCCGCGCCAUCAAGACCGAGGUAGCGGCGAGCUUUGCGGUGUAUGGUUUUCCCCGCCAAACGAGUCUGCUUGGUGCCAGCAAUGGAGGGCGUGCGCUGGGCCUUUUCCUGUGGCACUUGGCUGCCGAGCCGAGCCGAAUGGCUGCUGGCGGUGCGAUCGAUCCAGCCCGAGGAGAAGGAGCGCAUUGGCCAGUUCGUCUUUGCACGGGACGCCAAGGCAGCCUUGGCUGGUCGUCUGAUGAUAAGGAAAUUAGUUGCAGAGAAAUUGAAUAUACCUUGGAAUAAUAUUCGUUUGCAAAGAACUGCAAAAGGAAAACCAGUUCUUGCAAAAGACUCCUUGAAUCCUUACCCCAAUUUCAACUUUAACAUCUCUCAUCAAGGAGACUAUGCUGUACUUGCUGCAGAACCUGAGCUACAAGUUGGAAUUGAUAUAAUGAAGACUAGUUUUCCAGGUCGUGGUUCAAUUCCAGAAUUUUUUCAUAUUAUGAAAAGAAAGUUUACCAACAAAGAAUGGGAAACAAUCAGAAGCUUUAAGGACGAAUGGACUCAGCUGGAUAUGUUUUAUAGGAAUUGGGCACUGAAAGAAAGCUUCAUAAAAGCCAUAGGUGUUGGAUUAGGAUUUGAAUUGCAACGGCUUGAAUUUGAUAUAUCCCCAUUAAACCUGGACAUAGGCCAAGUUUAUAAAGAAACACGUUUGUUUCUGGAUGGUGAAGAAGAAAAAGAAUGGGCAUUUGAGGAAAGCAAAAUAGACGAGCACCAUUUUGUUGCAGUAGCUGUUAGGAAACCCAGUGGAUCGAGACAUCAGGAUGUUACAUCUCAAGAUGAUUCUAAACCAACCCAGAGGCAGUUUACUAUUCUCACUUUCAAUGAUUUAAUAUCAUCUGCUGUUCCUAUGACCCCUGAAGAUCCUUCAUUUUGGGACUGUUUUUGUUUCACAGAAGAAAUUCCAAUACGAAAUGGUACAAAGUCAUGAUACAAUUUUCUAAGUAACAAAGGGAAAUGAAAACUGUAAUCUUCUGUAUUCACUAAAAAAUAAAUACCUGAUAGUAUCAAAUUUUAUUUCACAAAACAGUUUAAAAAAGAAGAAACAACUUUUCCUAUUAAAAAGGCGGACUUCUAGUUCAAGAGAGCUCACUUAGAAUACAUGUGUACCUCUUCUUCCUCCCCAAAAUCACAUUGGGUUGACUGAAGAAAUAGAAAUCAGUGGCAGAAUCCUAAGGUGAUGUAUGUUCAUCGUAGAAAAAAAUAGAAAAUGCAAGUAUACAAAAAGGAAACACGCGCGUUUCCAUCUCUCCAGAGAGAACUAUUUCAGAGGUAACUAUUGCUAAAACCUAGAGUAUCUUCCUGGACCUUUUUCUUAACAAAUGAAUCAAUUUUAAUAUACUUGCUUUUUUUUUUUUUUUAAAUGGGAACAUAGUGUUUUUAAAUUCUUUUCUCUUAACUGUACAUCUGCUGUUCAUAAAUACUCCUCUGUAGCAUAACUUAGUGGUUCUGAAGUAUUGUGUUGUACAUCUACUAUCAGGAAGCUUUUGACCAGCGGUAACAAUGUUCAGAUAUAACUGACUUAAGUAAUCAAGGGCAUUUAUUGUCUCACCUAACAUACAAUUCAGAGGUGUCAUUAAGGACACUUUUUUUUGGCCUCUGCCUCAGUUUAUUGGUUUUGCCUUAUUAGGCUCAUCUCCAUCAUGGUCUUAAGAGCCACUGCUAUAACUUCCACCUUCACAUCUUCAUAGAAAUAGCAUCUAAAAGGCAGGAACAGUUGUUUUAUGAGUGAGGAAGACUUUUUCCUCUUAAGAACCUUCAAAAAAUUUCCCUGAAGUUUCUGUUGACUCAGGUCACUGAGAAAGCUGAACUCUGAUACUUGUGGCCUGUGGUAAGUAGACUUAUUGAUAGGGAAGAAGCUAAGCAGGGUCAGGGGAGCGGCAUCAAAGGGAAACCCACUGCCUGCCACAAGGAAGGUGUAACAUGAUGCAUUCAUUCUUUCCUCUGUGUUAGACACUUUGAAUGUCUGCAGUUUUUACUCUGGGCAGUGGUACAUUGAAUAUCCUGGUGACCACAUUUUGAGGUCCGUGCUUAAUUACAUCUUUAAGAAAGCAGAUUUCUAGAAGUGGGAAUGAUUGGUUCAAAGGGAUUAAACAUUUUAGAGCCUUGAUAAGUAUUACCAAAUUGUUCUCUAAAAAGUUGUAUAAUUUACACUUCUAGUUAGUGUUGUGUGACCACUCUCACCCUCACCUACCUGCUUUCUGGUCAUCUAUAAAUUUUUUUUUUUUAAUCUUUGCCAAUAUAGGUGAAAAAUGGUACCUUAUUUUUUAAAUUUGUGUUUCUUUCAUUACAAAUGAGGAUAUAUCAGUGUUGUUAUUGGCUGUUUGUAUUCCUUUUUCAUGAACUGCCUGUUCAUUACCUUUGCCUGUUUUUAUUUUAGCAAAUAGGACUUAAUUUAAAGUGGGAGCAUAAUAUAUAAGAUGUCAAGACCAUCAUAUUGAUGACACUCUAUUGUGUGGUUGUAGCGCAUGUCUUGGGAAGUUCAAAAGUCUUGUUAAAUGUCAAGAAGUGAAAUAAUUUCAUUGUUUCUAUUACUGAAGUUGAAAGUUGUGUGUAAAUUGUAUAAAAUUAGAUACUUUAAGGUAAAAAAAUUGGAGUGUUCUAUAAUUUUUCAUUUUGUUGAGCAUGCCCAGAUAUUCCAAGCAUAGUAAAUAACAUGUUUUUAAAAAAUCAGGUAGCAUUUUAGUAGAGGAGACAUUGUUAUCCCCAGCAUGAAUGUAAUGGUGAUAUGAAAACCUGUUGUCUGUCUUCUCAUCAUAAUAAAAUGAUUAACAUUA